AUGUCGUUCUUAUUUACUGAAAAAUUAAUCGAAUUGGUAAAAAAAUACCCAAUUUUAUAUGAUUUGGGCAAUCCUGAUUACAAGAAUAUCAGGAAAAGGGACAAAAUAUGGGACCAAAUUGGCGCCGAAUUGAAUGAAAGUGGCGAGGAAGUGAAGAAAAGAUGGAAAAAUUUGAGGGAUUCGUAUGCGAAAUAUUUAAAAUGUAUUAAAACAAAAACAGGUCAAAGUGCAAAGAAAAACUACAGCAAAUGGCAAUGGGCUUCACUGAUGGAACCAUUUAAACCAUUUUUGGCAUUUGCUAAAACAGAUUCAAAUAUUACUGGUCAGUGGUCCUGUUGA